AUGAACAGAUAAAAAGAAGCUUUGGAAAAUUAUGAUUUGGCAUUUUAGAAAGGCCCAGAAAAUUUUAAAUAUCUUACUAACAAGGGUAUAUUUGAUUAUGUAUGAUUCUUUAGCUACUACAUUAGAAAAAAUGAACAGAUUAGAAGAAGCUUUAGAAAACUAUGAUUUGGCAAUAAAUAAGAAUCCUGAAGAUUCUAAAAUUUUUAAUAACAAAGGUAUAUUACAGCAUGUAUGAUUUCUAAGCUAACAUAUUAUAUUAAGUGGAUUUUGAAUGUAGUUCUACAAAAAAUGAACAAAUUUGAAGCUGCUUUGCUUAAUUAUGAUUUGGCAAUUUAGAGAAACCCAAAAAUUUCUCAAUAUUAUUAUAAUAAGGGUAUGUUUCUCUAAUUAUGAAUUUUAGCCAUCACCUUAGAAAAAAUAAAUAAUUUAGAAGAAGCUUUGGAAUAUUAUGAUUUAGCAAUUUCAAUUACCCUAAAGAAUUAAACUAUUAGUAAGCUAAAGGUAAAAUAAUUAGGUAUAUUUUAUUAGCUGAUGCUUUAGAAUAAUUAUAUUAAUCUGAAAAGGCAUCGAAAGAUUAUAAAUCAAAAACUUCAAAAAGCAGAAAUCGAAAAUGAAAUUGAAUUGAAUUAUAAAUAUAUAAAUUGCUUGAACCUUUUAAAAUUCAAAAUGGUUAUUUAUUCUUUAUGUAAAC